AUGACGGUGAUGAUCUCAACCGCCCACCCACGGCUGUCAGUUCACGGUGCGGCCAACAUCCACGGCGGCGUCACCAUCGACCUCAGCGGCCUCAAUACCAUCACGAUGAGCAGUCGGGAUUUUGUGUCUGUUGGCGCUGGCACAACCUGGGGCGAGAUAUACUCGCAGCUCGACGCCCGAGGGUUGACAGUGGGUGGGGGUCGCGCAUCCAGCGUGGGGGUCGGCGGUUUGUCUGUGGGUGGGGGCAUUUCGUACCUGGGGCCCCGCGUGGGGUGGACGUGCGACACCAUCAUCAAUUUCGAGGUGGUGCUUGCCAACGGCUUCAUCGUCAACGCCAACCACCACCAGCAUUCGGACCUCCUGUGGGCGCUUCGCGGCGGCUCUAACAACUUUGGCAUUGUCACCAGCGUCGACUUGCGCGUGUUUGAGCAGGGCCAGCUCUGGGGCGGCUUUGUCGACAGACCCUUUUCCACCAUCGACGACCAGGUGGUUGCCUUGUCCGACUUCAGCAACCCGGCAACCUACGACGACUAUGCGUCCUUGCUCACCACGUUUGCCUAUUCGGGGAAACAGGAUGUCAAGGUCAUCGUCAACAACAUGGAGUACACCAGGCCGGUGGUGAAUCCACCAGUGUACCGUGCCUUGUCAGAGCUGCCCUCUCUGUCCAACUCGCAGCGAAUAACCAACAUGUCAGAUCUGGCGGCGGAGACAGAAUCGAGGGAUAUCAGGGGCUUCAGGCAGGCAACGGCCACCGUCACCAUUCAGUCUUGUGUCGAGGCCAUCAAUGCGACUGUGAGGGCAUGGAAUGCCCUCGUGCCAUCAGUACGCCUAAUCCCGGGGCUCGUGUGGGCAGUCACAAUGGAUCCCAUCCCUCCAACACUCCACGCGCGGCACGCUGUGGCCAAUGCCCUCGGGCUGGCCAACCGUGGCGACAAGUCCCUGAUCAUCGUCAUGGCGACCGCGACCUGGUCCAAUGCUGCAGACGACGAAGCCGUCAACAUGGCGAUGAAGAAGCUGAUUGCAACCACUGAGCACAAUGUGGGCCGGAUGGGCAAGCUGGACCCCUUCAUCUACAUCGACUAUGCGGCACAAUGGCAGAACCCCAUCGCCAGCUACGGGCCGGCCAGUGUGGACAAGCUGCUCGAGACGCAACGCAAGUACGACCCUCGACGUGUUUUUACUCGCAUGGUCCCUGGUGGAUUCAAGCUUGCCCACUCCGUAACACGUGUACAGCCAAAUAUCCAGAACGAAUUGGACAGAUGGGUUACAAAGGCUCGCGCUCUGGACGUCCCUAUUGUUAGGAUCCCGUUCGGCGUCAACAGCUACACCUGGGUCAUUCUACAACCGUUCGUAUGGAACCUUCUCAACUUCCUGCCCGUGCCGUGGAGCUCAUACCCCGACUUUGGUUGGAUGACUGGCCCCGUUCAACGACGACUUGAUGUCUUUGGUGUGGAGGGAGACGUUGUGUCACGCGCGGCCGGAGAUAGAUCGAUGCUUCACGCUUGGACCACUCAAUUUCGUGGCAAUAUCCCGAGUCUCGAAAAUGACUUGCGAGCACUCACAUUCAAUGUGCUCGGUGCGACAGCCUUCCAUGAGCGUCCCCAGUCACAAACCAAUACCAGACCGAAAGACUCGGAGAAAAUCGCGGGGGGCUACCAGGAUACCUUGCGAACUGUUCUCGACAACUCUAUCUUGUUGAUGUUAACUCCCUAUCACCGUCUCAGAGGGACUAUUAUUCCCAGGCAUCUCGCUAGAGUUGGACGCGCAGCCGAGUCAUUUAGGUCUAUCCUGCUGAAGGUUCUCCGAGAGGAGACAGCUGCUCUUGGCAGUGAUGGCUCCAAGCAAAAUGGCUUAUUGACACCCCUCGUCCGUGCCCUAAAGCCAGAUACUCGCGAGGAAACCAAAAAUAGUGCAGCCCCGGUAUCUGCCAAGGCCAAGAACAGUGGCCUUUCUGUUGACGAGAUCCUUGGAAACAGCUUCGUCAUUAAUUUUGCAGGCCAUGAUACCGUGCGUCUUACGCUAAAUUUCACCCUUGCUCUCCUAGCAGUACAUCCAGACGUACAAGAAUGGAUCUACCAGGAAAUCAAGAUGUUCUCCGGGGGACACCCGAAUGAUGAGUGGGACUACGACAUGUUCCCCAAGCUCAAACGCUGCCAGGCUGUGCUUCUUGAGACGCUCCGCAUCUUCCCCCCAGUUACCGGCAUACCUAAAAUUGCGUCCCAAACGGCGCCGAGUCUCCGGCUCGGGGAUCAACUUCUCGUCAUCCCCCCGGGGACCGAGGUCUUCCCGUUGCUGCUCGGUGUACAGACGGACGCCAGGUACUGGGACGACCCAUAUAUCUGGCGACCAUCUCGCUGGAUUUUGCAUGACGACAAGGGAGACGAGGGGCUACUGAAUCCUCGCAGAGGGACCUUUUUGCCCUGGUCGGAGGGCCCCCAGAUCUGCGUUGGCAAGAAAUUUUCCCUGGUUGAAGGCGUGGCAGUGUUGGCUUGUUUGUUGCAGGAGCAUCGCUUGCUUGUGCAGGUGGAAGCAGGCGAAACGCAGGAACAGGCCAGGCGUCGAGUCCGAAACUGUAUAGACGACGCCAAUUAUAAUCUGCUGCUCAGGAUGAACCAUCCUGAGCGGGUCAGGUUGGAGUGUGUCCGAAUCCAAACCGAAAUCCGGGCCUAG